GUUCAUUGCACCUUUCUUUUAUUUUUAAAAAAGACUCGAGCGUUUGCCAUUUUUGCCACUAGGUGGCCAUCCAGUCAGCGCUAGGUGGCUACACGUAUCUCUGUUGUUAUCACAGUCACGUCUUCUGCUGCUCUUCUGUGUGAAUGAAACAACCGUCUUGUUUUAGAGAUAUAAAAAUAUUGUUUUCUUAUCUCAUGCUGAAAUUGUAUAUGUAAAAACUCCCCGCCCCCUUGCUGCAUUCGGGACACACAUGAAUCGGCGUAUUCGUUAGUCUCGGAAAUGAAUAACAACGUGAUGAACAAAGAGGCUAUUCAACUGCUGAACGCCGCCAGCAGUGACAGCGAAUCUGCAUCUGAUUUGCAAUUCGCCUUGGCCCCACAACCGACGAUACAAGUGAGAAGAAAGAUUCGUACGAAAAGGAAGCAGAGACGAGGAGAUGCAGGAAGUGGAUCUCAGUCCCCGACUCUGUCUCAGUUGCCUUGUUCUUUCUUCAACAUCUUGAAAAUCGCAUCCAUUUCGUUUGCCAUUGGAGGCACUCUAGUCAUCGGCUGGAUAGUCAUGCUCCUCCACACAGAAGUGCAGCAGCUCUCUGACAAAUUGGCCAACGUACCCACAUCUUACGAUGACGAAACCAUUUUGGGUCUGAAGAGAACCAUCAAGGAACUGGGCUUGAACCAGUCUUACCAUUACUACGUCCUUCAAAACUACUCUCGAGGUCUGGAGGUCUUCCGUCAACAAAUUACGUCCGUGACAUCUGACGUCAGUAAUAUCAAAGACAGCCUGAAAGAGGCCCCUCAAAUGUUGAACAUUGGCAAAGAGUUGGAUUCGUUGAAAUCCUCUUUGGCCACUUACGGUGCCACCAUAUCCGAUUUGAAGCUCAGUCUGGCCGAAUUGAAAGAAUCGCCAACGUCAUCGACUGGCGCCCAGCUGGAAGCCUUAAACGCCACCCUGCAGGCCAGACUGGAUUUCAUUACCGAAGAUUUGCACCAUCACCACGGUAUCAUUACCUCACUUCAAAAUGCAACGGAACGUCUUUCUGCUCAGAUUCCAUCCGCAAAUAUUCCCCAAAGAGUCGACGCUAUCCAUUCAGCCCUGGCCAAACUGGAAGCUCAGCAAAAGAAUACGACUGUCACUCUGAGCUACGCCAUGGAACUUUUACAUCAAAUAGUAACAAACUCUUCUGGAUGA